UUUGGAAUAAUUUAUAAAAAUAAAAAAAAUAAAAAUUUACCAUCAUGUAAAUCAAUAAUACAUAUAUAAACAAACAAAUACACCAUGGUUCGAUUUUCAAGCUCAAAAAGGACAACAUGAUCGCUGCUACUUACGAUUGUGGUUGUAUGCCACCUAAAAUCACUCAUCUACAUCCGAAUUGUUCUAAAUCGUUUUUACCCGAACAAACCCAACGACAGAAAUGCACUGUGGUACGAUGUCAAACUGCUCCUCCUCCUUCAUGCCCGAAUAGCCCUUGCUGCAAGUUUUUAAGCCGUUCAGCGACUUGUCGAACUGCAAUCACUUCUUGUCCAAAUUUCGAUAAAAUACACGAUUGCACGUGUUGUUCCGAGCCACCAAGACAUUCUGAAACUCCAAACGAUUGUAAAUGUGAAGCAGAAGAUGAUAAAAAAGAACAAUGUAAUCCUACGGAUUCUUCGGUCAAAAAGACUGAAAUAGUUUCGAGGAUAGUUAAAAAAGGACUUCCAUAUAAGGAGAUCGAAGCGAUAAUUAAUAACAAUCGUAUGGUAAUUAGAAUGCAAAAGGAACCGGUUGAAGAUGAAUUCGAACCACCUUGCGAUUGUCCGGAAGUACCUGGAAGGGUGCAACCAACGUCCUCCACCGUAUUAGAUUCAUCGAUAUCUCCGAAAUAUCGAAAUGACAUUGUUUAUCAAAUGCAGGAUUUGUGUAAGGGAUACAAAUGUUCAGGUCAAAAUUCGAUGAUUAGACAGAGCUGCGAUCAGGAUGGUAAAGGAGGACGUACUAUAAUGGUGUAUCCCCAUCCUGGAAUAAAAGAGAAAUUACCUGAAAUUUCUCCAGAAGAAAAGGAUAAAGAUAGAAAAGAGAAAAAGGAGAAAAUGAAACUGUCCAAGCAAAUUGAUCUCGAAGAAAAUCCAAAUAUAUUUGUCUUUAGGAUUCGAAAACAUUCCGCUGAUAGCGAUGGCAAACAUAAAUUCGAUUUCGAAUUUCGAACACCGCGACCGUGGUUGUCGCGAAAGGAACCUGCACAAUUAAAAAUUCCUGGUGAACAACGGGAACCUACUACAACGUCUAGCUGAUAACACUCGAACUGGUAUAAAUAGUCGAG